AACAUGGCGGACAGCCACUAGCUCAAUCCACAUAAAACAAUACACAAACAUUUCAAAGCAAGGUAAACAGACUAAUAUAUUGUUUACACGCUAUACUCUUUUUUACAAACACAUUUUUAGCUGGUAAUUUAGCUAGCAUUUAUUGAUGAUGAUGUAUUUAUAAUCAGGCCAACGAUAGAUGGCGAACAUUAAGUCUUCCGGUUAGCGUGCUGUGUUGACGGAGCUAGCUAUCUGUUGUUCGAGCAUGCCCAUGUUAUUAGCUUGGAGAGCUGCUGUGUCAACAGUGAGCCCUGAGUGUGUUUGGGUGGGUGACCGAGGUCUGCUGACAGCUGGGGCCACCUCUUUGUUGUACCCUGUCGUCUGCCUCCAACGCCAACCCCCUGCCUGGCCGACAGAAGUGGAGAGCGUUAAGCGCAAUCCGUGGGGAAGUCAACCUGAGCAUCCACAAAUGAAAGAGUGGACUAUUGUGUCUUGAACUUAGUAUUACUGGAGCAUGAAGAAACCAGUGCCACAAAAAGCUAUUGAGUGGAGAGAUGGCAGGCGGAUCAAGCAUGCCCGAAGUGGCCGUCCCUCCCGGGUCCCAUCGCAGUACCAAGGAGGGCACUUCAGUUGGGACAAAUACCUAAAGGAAACAGGUGCUAGUGCUGCACCUGCUCACUGCUUCAGACAGGGUGCAACACCUCCAGUGAAUGAGUUCAAGGCGGGCAUGAAGCUGGAGGCGCAGGACCCUCGGAAUACAACGUCAACCUGCAUUGCAACAGUGGUGGGCCUGACGGGAUCGCGGCUGCGUCUGCGCCUUGACGGCUCCGACAACAAGAACGACUUCUGGCGCCUGGUGGACUCGUCUGAAAUCCAGCCUAUCGGAAACUGCGAGAAGAACACGGGCAUGCUGCAGCCGCCAUUGGGCUUCCGUCUGAAUGCAUCCUCCUGGCCCAUGUUCCUUCUAAAAACACUCAACGGAGCCGAAAUGGCCCCAGCACGCAUCUUUCACAAGCAGGAGCCCCCCGUCCCAGAGCAGAACUCCUUCCAGGUGGGCAUGAAGCUGGAGGCAGUGGACCGCAAGAACCCCCACUUCAUCUGCCCGGCCACGGUGGGGGCGCUGCGUGGCGUGGAGGUGCUCGUCACCUUCGACGGCUGGCGGGGUGCUUUCGACUACUACUGCCGCUACGACUCCCGGGACAUCUUCCCCGUGGGCUGGUGCUCUCUCACCGGGGACAACCUGCAGCCGCCUGGCACCAAAGCAGUGGUACCCAAGACCCUCGGUUGCCUUUCAGACGGUAGCGAGGGAACAGCCAUGCACCCCAUGCCAGGACAGCCGCCUGGCCAACGGGGACGCAAGCCAGGCUGCAGGAAAGCCAAGCUGACAGGGCCCUGGGGGCAGAAGGGGGCCGGAGUAGGACAACAGGCCCCCCUGUCCGGAAAGGGACUGGAGCCUAUCAAGGUCCCCAAGAAGAGAGGCCCCAAACCGGGGAGUAAGUUGGGCUGGGCGAAGAGAGAAGGCUGGCUGGAGGGUGCCAUGGCAGGCCCAGGGCGACCCGUGUCCCGGCCCAGAGGGAGGCUGCCAGCCAACUGGACCCAGAGGAUGGUCCUGCAGGAGGGACAAGCGGAGUCUAUCAAGAUCCCCAAAAAGAGAGGGCCCAAGCCCGGCAGCAAGAGAAAACAGCGGGUGGUGCCCAACCCCGUGCCCGUUUCCCCCAACAGCAGUAUGCCAGAGCCAGACACCAGCACGGUGGCUCUGGACAACGCCACCAUCCCCAGCGCCGCCUUGCAUGCUGCCACAGUGUGUGUCUACCUGAACAAGUAUGGGAAGGUGGGACCCCACUUGGACGGGCGGCGGGUACAGCAGCUGCCCGACCACGUUGGUCCAGGCCGGGCUUCCUCGGUGCUACAGCAGUGUGUCCAGGCCUGUGUGGACUGUGCCCACAACCAGAGCUCUGUCUUCUCCUGCCUCAAGCCAGGUCACGGGGGAGAGGUCAUAUCAGCCCACUUCGACCACCAUCACCAUACCCUCACCCUGCCCACGGUCAACAGCGUCACGCACGUCCUGCACUUCCUGGAGAAACUCUGUCACAACCUCUACUGUGACCCUCUGUUUGGGAGCCAGCCCAUCCCUAGAGGGGGCCUGCAUUACGACAGCCAUGCCUACCCAGAAAGGAGAAGUUUUAGGGAGGGCCUCACGACGGGUCCAGGAAGAGGCUCCAAGCGGUUCCUUCAAGAAUCCUACAACAGCCCCCUCCCCCACAAGCUGGCCAAAAACCUCUGCCUCUCCUCGGAAGGUGAGCCUUUCCUCAUGGAGAAUGGUGUAGGGGGGUCGGAGCACUUAAAGAAGAGCCCCCUGUCCCCAGGCUCGACAGGGCAGCCUCUGAGCCUGCGGUUCCCCACCAAGUUGCUACAUCUCAACUCUUCAGGCUCUCAGCGUUUCAGAGAGUGCCCCCGGCCCAGUGGCCAGGACCCCAACCUGUGGACGGUAGAGGACGUCAUGCAGUUCAUCAGAGACAUAGACCCUCUACUGGCCCCCCACGCAGAUCUCUUCAGAAAACACGAGAUUGAUGGCAAAGCCCUCCUGUUACUACGCAGCGACAUGAUGAUGAAAUACAUGGGCUUGAAGCUCGGGCCUGCCCUCAAACUCACAUUCCACAUCGACAGGUUCAAACAUGGACGCCCUUAUUGAGCUCAUCAGCGUCACCCCACCCCGCAACCCUGCUACUUCUACUCCCCCCCUCCUCUCCCCUCUACAGGAUAUAAUGCACUGCAUACUACUGGACUGACCUAGGCUACGAUACUUAGUGUCAUAUAUCCCCCUCCCUUUCCCUGCCGCAUCUAAGAAGCCCUGUUGCGAACUUCUCUUAUUUCGAUUUUAUUUCUGUUGUGUGGCACAAUCCAGCCCUACGGCAGCAUGGGAUAUUGGAUAUGCAGACUGACUGACUCGCCCACAUAUCCUCCUCAUCCAUCAUGUUACUCGCCUGUUUUUCUAUUCCAUAUUCUCUUACAACAACCGCUACCAAUGAUGCCCUCCCUGUGUGUAGCCAUUUUUUACUGUAAUGGCCAUUUUAGGCCAGAGUUUUUAUUACAUCGUUUCUUUUUGUUUGAUCAAGUACAUUUCUUUUUUGUACCCUCCCUGAAAAUAAGGACUUGCAUUAAGCCAUUUUCACCGUUUUGUAUUAAAUAUGUAUACUGAACAAAAAUAUAAAUGCAACAUGUAAAGGGUUGGUCCCAUGUUUCAUGGGCUGAAAUAAAAGAUCCCAGAAAUGUUCCAUACGCACAAAAGCUUAUUUCUCUCAAAUCCUUUUUAGUGAGCAUUUUUUAUUUGCCAAGAUAAUCCAUCCAGGUGUAGCAUAUCAAGAAGCUGAUUAAACAGCAUGAUCAUUAACACAGAUGCACCUUGUGCUAGGGACAGUAAAAGGCCACUCUAAAAUGCACUGUUUUGCUACAGAUGUCUCGUUUUGAGGGAGCGUUCAAUUGGCUUGCUGACUGCAGGAAUGUCCACCUAUAGCUGUUGCCAGAUAAUUUAAUGUUAAUUUCUCUACCAUACGCCGACCUCCAACGUAAUUUUAGAGAAUUUGUCAGUACGUCCGACUGGCCACACAACCGCAGACAACGUGUAACCACGCCAGCCCAGGACCUCCACAUCUGACUUCUUCACCUGUAGGAUCGUCUGAGACCAGCCACCCGGACAGCUGAUGAAACUGUGGGUUUACACAACUGAAGAAUUUCUGCACAUUCUUGUCAGAAACCGUCUCAGGGUAGCUCAUCUUUGUGCUCAUCGUUCUCACCAGUGUCUUCACCUGACAGCGGUUAUGCACCGUAUCUGACUUCAGUAGGCAAAUGCUCACCUUUGAUGGUCACUAGCACGCUGGACAAGUGUGCUCUUCACAGAUGAAUCCCGGAUUUCUACUGUACCGGGCAGAUGGCAGAUAGCGUGUGUGGUGUCAUGUGGGCGAGCGGUUUGCUGAUGUCAUUGUGAACAGAGUGCCCCAUGGUAGCAUUGGGGUUAGGGUAUGGACAGGCAUAAGCUACGAACAACGAACACAAUUGCAUUUUAUCGUGACGAAAUCCUUAGGCCCAUUGUCAUGCCGUUCAUCCGCCGCCAUUACCUAAUGUUUCAGCAUGAUAAUGCACGGCCCCAUGUCGCAAAGAUCUGUACAGAGUUCCUGGAAGAUGAAAAUGUCCCAGUUCUUCCAUGGUCUGCAUACUCACCAGACAUGUCACCCAUUGAGCAUGUUUGGGAUGCUCUGGUUUGACGUGUACGACACUGUGUUCCAGUUCCCACCAAUAUCCAGCAACUUCGCACAGCCAUUGAAGAGUGGGACAACAUUCCACAGACCAUAAUCAACAGCUUGAUCAACUCUGCGAAGGAGAUGUCUCGCACUGCAUGAGGCAAAUGGUGGUCACACCAAAUACUGACUGGUUUUAUGAUCCACGUCCCUACCUUCUUUUAAAGCUAUCUGUAUUGCCAGUCAUGUGUAAUCCAUAGAUUAUGGCCUUUCCUUAUAUGAACUGUAACUUAGUAAAGUCUUUGAAAUUGUUGCAUGUUGCGUUUAUAUUUUUGUUCAGUGUCAUUAAUUCCAGAAAAAAAAACACUAUGUUUCUCCCAGCUGUUUGGGAGUUGUUUGGAGGCAUGGUUUUCAAACAGUAUGACACACUACAUUAUCAAAACACAUUAUACAGUGCUGAAGAAAUACUGACAUGAUAAACUUGCGUUUAUCUUGUUAUGGAUGUUUACAAUGACUCGUUAUUUGUACUUUUUACAUUUUUAUACUAUAUUAUUAGAGUUCAUACAUUGAGAGCUUUAUCAUACGCAUUAAUGUUCAAUAAAUAUGUAAUAAAUGUUGGUAUCUGUCA